AUGGCACGAAAAUUCUUAUUCAGCAUCGUAAUAACAACAUUGAUGCUGAGUACAACUACGAGCAAAAAUACGGCACCAAUUGAUGAGGAUUAUGUACUUUGUUUGAAGUCCAUUAAACACUCCCUUGAAGAUCCACACAACUACUUAAAAUCUUGGGAUGUUGAUAAUCCCAACAUAAAUUAUCCAGGAUUUAUAUGCAAAUUUAAUGGUAUUAUGUGUUGGAAUCCUGGGGAGAACCGAGUCCUAGGCAUGAACCUCUCUUAUUUCGGUCUAAAGGGCAAAUUUCCAAGUGGAAUUUCCAAGUGUAGUGGCAUACUAAUGUUAAAUAUUUCACACAAUCACUUUUAUGGGCCAAUUCCUAGCAACAUCUCUACUAUGCUACCAUUUUUGGUCACUCUUAAGAUGUCAUCUAAUCGUUUUUCGGGUGAGAUCCCGGCUAGUCUAGGAAAUUGCUCCCAUUUGAGUGUGCUUGAGCUUGAUCAUAAUCGAUUUUCAGGUCGGAUACCGGCUGCAAUUGGGGAGCUUCAAUGGGUUUCAAAGUUUAGUGUUGCUAAUAAUCUCUUGGUUGGACCUAUUCCACGUUUUGUUAAUGGGAGGAUGUUUAAUGCAACAAGUUAUGAUAAUAAUCUUGGGCUUUGUGGUUACCCUUUCAAGCCUUGCAAGUCUUAG